AUGCACGCGACAUUCCAAGAUGACAUGUUGAAGCCUUUUAUCUUUAUUCAUGUGUUGGAAGUUAUAAAAAAAAGCAUUAGGUGGAAGGAGCUUGUAACACAUGAAGACAUUGCUAAUUUGCCAAAAAGAAGUCGAACAUCUUCAUAUUCGAGCUCACAACAAAUAUCACUGAAUGUUCACAUUGAUGUUGAUCUUAAUGAUGAUAAAGACGACAUCGAAGAAAUACGUCUGCCUCCUCAUCCCAUGAGAAAGGACAAAGCAAAAGUUCGAGCAAAAGAAAAGAGAACGAAGGCAAAGAUGGUAUGGGAAAACACAAUGAUGGCGGCAAUAACAAAUAAGAAAGAUGGAUUGUCCAAGACACGUUGUUCUUACUUGAUGUCGAUUUUUGGAUUUCUCGGUAGAGGCGAAGGCGGUGAUCGGCGAAUUACAGUUUCCUACCCUCCAGAUUUAGCGAUUGUUGUGGAAUUCGUCUUGAUUGUUACAAUGGAGAGAUCCGUUUUGGUGAAGAUCAUCCCUACAUAUACAAAAAUCGAUUUUAGGUUUAGGGUUCACAUCAGAAAUUGA